GUCCACUGCGGUGGGUGUUUCCGCAUUCUGCGCAGAACUGUCAGCAGAAGCGCAACUUGCAAGAGGAGGACUGGCGCGUCUGAGACGGAACCUUCCUCUGGGGAAUAGCGGUGUGAAUUCAGGCGGGAGACAUGCCGUACAUGCUCAUCAGCACGCAGAUCAGACUGGAGAACGGGCCAACCAAUGUGGGAGAUGAGCAUUCGGAUCCAGCUGUCAUGAAUUACUUGGGAGCUACGAAAACAACCGUGCUGGGAAACAAUUUUUCUGAGUACCAUGUGGACGAGCCUCCUCGCCUGGUGCUGGACAAGCUGGAGAAGAUUGGCUUCCGCGUGCUGUCAAUGACUGGGGUGGGGCAGACGCUAGUGUGGUGCCUUCACAAGGAGAUAGAGUGAUGAAAAACUGUUGCAUAGAGAAGUUGAUCCUGUACAUACAGUAUGCAUUUUGUGCCUUUUACUUAUUGUGAUGGGGAGCGUCACAUUGUUUUAAUGUCCAUGUGUAACUGAAUACAAACUGCUUUAUGGAUGUGUAUCUGCAGCAAUGUUAACAAAUGAUUUUUUGCAAAUGUGUCAAAUGGUUAUUGUUAAACAUGUAAAAAUGUGAAUUAGUAGUUUACUUAAUAUAGUAGUCUGUACAAGAUAUGUGAACAGCCCCAUUGGGAAGCCUGUACAGAGCUCAAAAUGGAAGUAAACAGGAGUUGCUGUCCCGUUUUACGUCUAUAACUUCCUGAGAAUUUGUUUGUCUUUGUGUCUCUGGGAUUUUUUUGUCCAUUCACACAGAGGAACAUUUCAGCCAAAAUGUGUUUACACAAGGCCUUCUUCAAACAACACAAAUUAUGUCCAAAAUAAUUGUAUCUGGGAGUGGAGUAACUGUGGGUACAGCAUUCCCACAGUUCAAUAUGUACCUCGGUAUUAAGGUCAUGGUUCGGUUCAUUUUCAGUUGCAAUCUUGCACUCUACUGGCAUGUAAUACUCCAAUA